AUGCUAACUGAAUUUGCGAUCGAACAUGAGACUGAAGUCCUAAUUGAUGAAAAUCACGAAUGGAUUGGUCUCUUUGUGAUUUACGUUUGUUUCUAUUUGCUGUUUAUCAUCAAUACAACGACCAGUUUUGGUAUUUUAUUGCAAAAACAGAAGCAAUUUACCUUUUUGAAGCGACUUCAAGAGCUUCGGGAUAAAAUUUUAGUAACAGGAAGUCGGAAUUUUGAACGUAAAUUAACAGCAACUGUUGUAUUGUCAUCUUUAGUCGUCCUGAUAAACCCCGUUGUAUCCGUAAAAGUUAAUUUAUCGCAUUUACCAACUACUGUAAUGUUUCUUUACAUAUUUCUAUUGGUUACACUGCAAGCACAUUACUUCGUCGGGCAUUUGUUUGAAAUGGUGUUGGUCGAAAAUGUUCGAUUUUUAUAUAGUGUCUUGUUAAAUAACCGUUCGGAAGACCCUCUGGAGUGCUCUUUACGCAAAUUUAUCACAACUCAUGCUGAUUUAUGGAAAUUAUCGGUAUUUUGUAUCCGUUUAUUCGACAUCAACAAAGUUAUUUGUUUGGCUGCGCUGACAAUCCUAAUGGCAAUUUAUUGGUUCUUUCAGUAUGAUUUGCACGAAAUGAGCAUUUGGCCUCCGUUGUGUUGGCAAAUGAUUGUUUCGGUUGUUUUUGUGACGUGUCAUUCGUGGCAUCGGCUUGCCAAUGAGGCCCAAAAAACAGUAGAAUGCGUGGCAAGACUUGAUAUUGAGAGCAUCAAAGACGCCAAAACACGAAAAUGCGUGCAGAAUUUCCUCCUUAAAAAUUUGCAUGAAGAGAAAAAGUUCACAGCUUGCGGUUUCUUUGUCGUGGACAAUUCCAUCAUUUUCACGGUAUUUUCUUCAAUUAUAACAUAUUUACUCAUUCUCGUGCAGUUCAAACAGCUGGAGGAGGGAAUGUCGGAAAAUUAA